CAGUCCGUGCGUGUGUGCUGGGGAUGUUACACCUGGUGCACCCUAAAAGCUGCAGGGAGCUUGUAGUUUUUAACAAGUGCACAGAAGAAUAUUUUAGUUCACCAAUGACAAGUAUACCAAACCAUGGCGAGGUUGCUGAUUCAGGUAACGCCAAAGAAAAUCCUGUUUCACAGAAAAUAAAUUUUUUGCCUAGGGUAGAAGAAGAGAAUGUAGAGACAAUGCAUGAGCUUUAUUCAAAACUCUACAAAGAGGCUGAAAAGAUCAAGAGGUGGAAAGCAACUAUAGAAUCUGAACUGAAGCAGAAGGAGAGAAAAUUGCAAGAAAAUAAAAAGAUUAUUGAAGCACAACGUAAAGCCAUUCAGGAGUUACAGUUUGAAAAUGAAAAACUAAGUUUGAAAUUGGAAGAUGAGAUAUGUGAAAAUAAAGAUCUUCUACAAGAAAAUACUGCAACAAGACAUUUGUGUAACCUGCUCAAGGAAACCUGUGCUCGAUAUACGGAGAAGUCCAACAAAUAUGAACAUGAAAGAGAAGAAACCAGACAUCUAUAUGUGACACUUAAUAAUAAUAUUGAGAGAAUGAUAUUGGCCUUUGAGGAACUUCGUGUGCAAGCAGAGAACUCCAGAUUGGAAAUGUGUUUUAAAUUAAAAGAAGCAGCAGAAAAAGUAGAACAGCUUGAAAAGGAAUACAAAAUGGAAAUAAGUGUCAAGGAAAAGCAGCUAUCAAUUCUGACUGUGCAAAGUGGUGAAAAAGAUAAUAAAAUAAGAGACACCAAGCUUCAGUUGCAGGAAUCAAGGGAUAAGAUUAUUGAUUUAGAAGAAGCAACAAAACAACAAAAAGAAUUGUUAAAAGAAUCACAGAACAAACAGAAACAUUUGAUGGGAGAACUGGAAGAAGCUAAAGUUUUGUUGCAAAAAACAGAGACUGCUCAGAAGAGUUUAGAAACUGAAUUACGGACUGCAAUGAAAACCUUAAUUGAAGUCACUGGAGAAAAAGAAGCACAAAUGGAGGAACUUACAGAAACCAGGGCUUUGCAUGCAUCAGUUGUUGAAGAAUUUGAAACUGCCAAUUCUAAUUUGAAAGAGUUGCUGAAAGAAGAACAAAAUAGACUGAAGAAACUCGAAGAAGAGUCAGAAUUACUUGUCUCAGAGCUCCAAAAUAAAUCUCUUGAACUGGAAGAGAUGGCUAAAUUAAAAAGUGACAAAGAAACACAACUUGAAGAUCUGACAGAAGCUUUGGAGAGGUCACUCAAAUGUCAAAAAAAUUUAGAGCAACAAUUAGCGAGUGAACAAUCAGAAAAAAUUAUUCUAAUAAAAGAGAGAGAAAUUAAGGAUUCUGACCACUCAGAUUUUCAGGAACAAGUUCAAGGGCUUUUAUCUGAAAGGAAACAUCUUGAGAUCAUUAUUGAGGAAUUACAGAAGAGAGAAAAAGAGAUGAAGGAUAUUCUUCAAAUCAGAGAGAAAGAAGUACACAAUUUGGAAGUACAGUUAACUGGUGCAGCUGAAAAAGAACAAAAUUGUAUAAAACAGAUUACAGCACUGAAUGCAGACCUUGAAAAAGAGAUGUUGCGGAAUGAGGAACUAAAUAUGAAUUGCAAUAAGAUUUUAUUAGAAAAAGAACAAAUAGCACAAGAGAAAAGUGAUUCUGUUAUAGACCUCAAGAAACUACAAGAAGUUCAUAAGGAUAACAGAAAGAAAGAAGAAAAGACUAAGAAGCUAAUAGAAAACCUUGAAGAAAUGAACAGCCAGCUAAGGGAAGAAAAAACAAAUAUAAAUAGCAUAAAUGACCUGGAGUCUCUGAAGGAGAAGAUGAAAAAGAAAGACGAAGAGGCUAAAACUAAAUUGGAUGAAAGUGAAGAAAAUGCUAGAAACAUUGGAAGUGAAAUUUCAAGAAAGGAAAAGCAACUGAAGAUGCUAGAAAAUAAGUUUAACAAUUUAAAGAAACAAGUUGAAAAUAAAACCAAAUACAAUGAAGAACUACAACAAGAGAAUAAAGUGUUGAAAAAGAAAAUUGCAGCAGAAAGCAAGCAAUCCAGUAUUUAUGAAGGGAAGGUGAAUAAAUUACAACUAGAACUUGAAAAUGUAAAUAGGCAGCAUAAGGAAACAGUUGAAAGCUACCAAAAAGAAAUUGAGUCAAAAAAUAUAGCAGAAGAAAAAGUUCUUGAAAAGAUAGAAAAGAUGAGAUUAAUGGCUGAUGAAGCAGUAUGCCUCCAGAAGGAAACUGAUAUUCGAUGUCAACACAAGAUAACUGAAAUGGUAGCACUUAUGGAAAAACACAAGCACCAAUAUGAUAAAAUGGUCGAAGAAAAAGAUUCAGAAUUAGAGCUCUGUAAGACAAAAGAACAAGAACAAAUAUCAGUAAAAAAAUCCUUGGAAACUGAGCUCUCUCAUGUGAAAAAUGAACUGUUAUCCCUUAAGGAGCAGUUUAAAAUAGAGAUUGAAGAGAAGGAAAAGCUAAUAAGAGAAGCAAAAGAAAAUGGAGUUUCUAAAAAAGAAAAAAAGCAUAAGAAAAUACAAACAUCCUUUAUAGAGACUCCUAAAACGAGCUUAAAGCUUGCCUCAGUUAAUUCAGAAAAAUCUUUAUCCCAGAAUUUCACACCUUUUAGAGAGAAGAAGUUGGAAAACAAAGAACUGUCGUCUCAGACACCUGCUAAAAGUGUCUUGGGCACUCCAUCAUUAAAGACAUAUACUGUGAAGACUCCUCCAAAAUAUAAAUUGCAAAGGGAAAUCAUGAAUCCACUUUCAGAAGAUGUGAAAAAAAAAAGAAAAGUGCUUUUAGAGAUGGAUACUUACUCAGAUAGCUCAGAACAAAAUGACCUGCUGAGCAUAGUCUCAGAAGAAGAAAUGUUUAAAAAGCUGUACAAAAACUGUCCUCAAGCUUCUCACUUAUGUGUCACGACAUCAAAAAAGAUAACAACUCCGUCAACUAUAAAAUCUCCUGGUGCUGCACUGAAACUUACAGCUAUGAGAAGGAUGCGAGAGACUGGUUGGACUGCAGUUUCAAAAAUAGAUAGGAAAAAAAAAAUGAAAGAAGCUGAAAAACUCUUUGCCUAAAAUUAAUACUAAUGAUCACUUAGAAAUGUUUUGUUCAUAUAAAAUCUUUUACAGUAGAAUAUAUUCAUCCAACACAGCACUUCCAGCAUAUUACUGGGCAUGGGCAAAACCUGUAAAAGUGCUGCAUGGGUGAAACCCCUAUUGAUUUCAUUGUGGUUACUUUAUUUCACCACAGACUCAUCCUUUGUAGGACUUUUCACAUUGGUUUUACUUGGUCAUAAAGCAACAUAAACCUGGUCAUAAACUUGGCCCAGUUUGUUUGAGAAUUGAUAGGAAAAAAUGUAUGCUAUUUUAAAAUGGAAAAUAAGUUGCAAAAUUGUUUGAAGUAAUUUAACAUCAGAUUUUGUUCUUUUGAAGUUUACAUUCACUUUUGAAGUAACUUAGCCAUAAGAGUAAUGUUUGAAAUGUUGAACUAUAUUUGUUGUAUUGAAUACUUCUUUGUACUCAUUUCUUUUUUGUUCUUUUGAUACAUUGUUUACAAAUGUUCUUUUAGGGAAGUUAGUUGAGGCAGUAGCCUGUUUUUGUAUUGCAACAUUUAAGUGUUGAAUUUCUAAUAAUAUUGAUUCAAAUUUUAUUUCUUUUACUUUUUAGAAAUCUAGUUUUACAAUAAAUACUAUAUGUAAAUUUGUUCUUUCAGGUUACUGAAAACAUAAUUUCCAAAUGUCAUUAAGUGGUUAAUUUGAUUAAGUUUGGGGAAAGUACUAGCUAAAUGCCUAUCUAUAAAAUGAUAAGCUUAUCAGUAGCCAGGUUAGUACCAAACAGGUGUUAAAGCAAAAAUGUUACUGUUCAGAUAGCAGGAAAUUCUCCAAAUUACUCUUGGGGACCAACAUCUUCUUUUAAAAACAACUUUAUUUUUUUAUAAAGCUUGCACAAAGUAACUUAAAACCAAUGUAUAUUUUUUGGUAGUUGAUUAAUCUCAAUUGCUCCAAAAAUAGUACAGAGGUGUCAAAGUGUAAAAUAAACUUCAGGGGAAAAAAAAACAAAUAAUUUGAUUUCUCAACAUAAGUAGAUCCACAAAUAUCAAGGCAAAUCAAAAUCUUUGGAUGAAAGCUUGGCCCCAUAGUAAUUAUUUGCAAAAUUCCUAAUCACUAGUACUUAGAAUUUCACUCAUUUGCAUCUAUAGAAAUGUAUUACAGGCAGUCCCCGAGUUACGCGGAUCCGACUUAUGUCAGAUCCGCAGUUACGAACGGGGUUUGCUGCCCGUCUCCCUGGUCUGCUGAAGACAAGCAGACCAGG